UGGGCAGCCAUCCGGACCCCUCUUUACCACGACCUUAUCCAUGCAAAGGCUUCCCUGGAAGCUCCCACCCUCUCUGCUCUCUAUAAAAGGCAGGCGACGCAGCCAGAGGAGCAGAGGCUGAGACUGACACAGAAACCUCCCACACUCUCCCUGACGCUGGUCCCUCACCCUUGGACUCCAGGAUGAAGGUCUCUGCAGGACUCCUCAGCCUGCUGCUCCUGGCAGCCACCUUCAGCCCCCAGGGCCUCGCUCAGCCAGCCACUGCCCCGGCCACCUGCUGCUUUGCCAUGGCCCCCAGGAAGAUCUCCUUCCAGCGACUGAAGAGCUACAAAAGGAUCACAGGCAGCAAAUGCCCCCAGAAAGCUGUGAUCUUCAAGACCAAACUGGCCAAGGAGGUGUGUGCUGACCCCACAGAGAAGUGGGUCCGGGAUGCCAUGAAGUACCUGGACCAAAAGUCCUCGACUCCAAAGCCAUAGAUAGUCACCUUUUUUGAGACCCAACUAAAGCCUCAGAAAUGCUUGAUUUGUUUUCCCAUCCUAAGACGCAUUCUGAGAUAUUAUUAUUAUUUCUAAAGGGAUGAGUUUUAUUUAAUAAUUUUUGAAAAAUAUAUUGCAUUUAAGUUAUUGGAGUUUUAAAACUGAUCUAUCAUUUAAAAAAUGCAAAGCUUGGAGCAGGUCCCUUGCCUGCUGUGAGCCCCAAUUCCAUCCCCUGCCAAGUGUGGGCACCAUGGUGCCUCUCCUCCCCACCUCCCUGGACUCUUGGUAAAGAUCAGCAGUGUGAAAGUGGCUUGUGAUUUUAGGACAACAUUGCUCUUGUAAACCUAAAGUGCGUGGCUUAUCAUGUUAAAUGGAAGUAAAUGUUGUUUUAGGAAUGUAAACAAUAUAUGCAUAUAUUAUUGUA